UGACAAAAAAUAUUUCUCGUCCGCCGCAUUUUCCGUGAAAUAAACAUGACUGGUCGCUUGUACAAUUAUCCACUCCUCCAUGGACCGAAAAAGCCAAAUGUAAAAUUCACCCACCACCUGUGAUCACCGGGAGACUAAAAAGCACCAGUCAAUCGUCCGAAACAAAUCUGUGUUAACCGUUAAUUUCGUGUACCAGCUGAAUGUUAAACGUGUUCGUGCCAAGUGUUAAAAAAGAGAAAAUAAUAGUGCAUUAAUCAAAUUUAACCUGUUGUGCUGCCAACGUACAUCUGACCGAUAGUAAUCUCAUUAUCAAAUAUGUUGGAAUACUUUCACCGUACUACUACGAAAUACUGAACAAAUAGCAUAUUCUCAACUCUUCUGUGAUAACGGGCCAAUCGCCAGCCAAUAACAAAUAAAGGCUAAUUAUAAACAUAUUUAUCAUUGGGGCUUCUUCGUGUUCCAUUAAUUGUUAAUUAUGAAUUUUAAUUGAUGAAAAUCCGGAAUCGAAAGCAAUAUGGUAGCAGCUGGGGCGACAGCUCUGAUGGCUGCUGGUGACGGCAGUACAUCAAAAACAGCUGAUAACGGGGGGCAGGAGGGACAGUUGACCAGUGAGGGGGAGCGGAGAAGGACUUCUGCCGUUACAAGGAGAAAGGAGACUUCCAUCACACCAAAUAAGACUGCAUCAAUUCGAGAGACGAAGACAUCAAGACUUAGAGCCGCAUCAAUUGUAUCUCCAACAGCUGACACUCCAGCCGUGCGAAAGGUUGGAUUAUCAGAAACAGUUCCAACGUCACGUAGUUCUCCCCACGCGUCAAGCAGCAACUUAUCAUCAACACAGAGAACAACGCGAACCACUGGCAUACCGCAGACAUUUUCACGAGAGAGGGAGAGACAUCGACAGGCCACCAGCAGAGCGGCGGAUAUCCAUGAAAAAUCGAUGGACUCAAAUGCUGGCGAGAAACUCUCGACGAGGCGUUUGAAAAAGCCCUCAAAAACCUCGACUGCCACCCUUCCCACUCCGAAACCCUCGCGUCCACCCUUUACAUCCCACUCCACCCCCUCACGUCCCUCAUCAAUCCCCACGUCUCUGAGAGGCGCCUCUCACCCCCCGUCCUUCACCUCGGCGGAGGUCCUCCAGCGGGUGGACGCCCUGACAGCCCUCACCCGUGCCACCAUGGAGCGGGUGGAGAGGCUCGCGUCCUCCUCUCUCCACUCCUCCGUUCCCAUACCGAUUCCACGAGAUCCCGUGGUAAAAUCCUCCCCAAAACCAAUUCCCCGAAAAUCCAUCGACGAAACAAAACCCUCUCCCAUGCAGAGUCACCAUCCCCUUCCCCCAGUUUCUAUCCUAAAACACAAAACAUCAGAUCCACCAGAACCAGAGACCGUAUCCAAUCCACUGCCAACAGUAGCAUUUAAUCUCUCUGACUCCGAAAAUAACAAUUCCUCGACUAAAAAACACGGAAUCCUGAAGAAACGUUGUAGUCUCGACGAGAGUGAGAUACUCCGUCGCAACAUCAGUCCCCUAGACUCAAUUCUGAUCAGUCCGGACUCCCCUUCUCCCCCGGACACCGAUUUCCGGCCGAUCCUCAAAUAUGAGAGACGAUCAUCACUGGACGAACUGGUGAAGCGGCCAAAGGCCAUCGAGCACAAUCCGCCAUCGAUCUUGAAGAACAGAUGGUCCCGAUCAAAUGACGAAGAGGAUCAGACAAACGAACGCCAGGGAAUCCUGAAGAAACACCCCCAGAUUAUCGUCGAUGCAGUGGCAAAGAGCCUCGGUGUCACCUGGACAGAACUUGAAUCAUUCGAUCGAAAGUCCGCGGAAGUUCGUCCAAUCCUGAAGAAGAAACUCUCUCACGACGAGUCAUCCUCAUCAGAUCCUCCGUCCCUGGAGCCACGGCCAAUUCUCAAGAAAAAAUCGAGCACAGAUUCGGACGAACACGAGGACAAACCGAGAAAGACUAUUCUCAAGUACUCGUCGAGAAAGAAUUCCGAGGAUUCGAGUCACGAGUGUGAAACUGUACCAAAUUCACCGAAGAAAUUGUCAGUUCUGAAACAGCACUCGCUUCAGAGGAGAACCAACAGCCUUCCUGAGUGUGACACAUUGACAGUUAAACCGAUCCUCAAGAAUUCUAGAUCAAGAUCGAUUCAGAGUACAUCGUCAUCACCGAGCAGGGAACUGUUUAUGAGAAAACGAGCGCGAUCUGUUGGGCACGAGCAGACGGACGGAAAGGAAUGGCUGGUGGAUCACUGGGAGGGUAUCAGGAGGGAAGGAUGUGGUGGUGAUAACACUGAAAAGGAGAUUGACAGCGAUCAAGUUGUAACGUUCGAGUUCCCCGAGGACUCCAAGCUCAAUGAGCGACUGGGAUUCAGCAGUGAAGAGGCAGCUGUCAGAAAGUUGGACGAUUAUUCGGCCAAAGUCAGACGUGACAAACGUGUCUCAAGGAGAUUCAGAGAUCGAAUGGAAAUGCAGAAUCAAUUAUCGUCGAUUAGGGGCGAUGGGGGUGAGGGGGCGAGCAAGACUAUUGUUGUUGGGUUUGAGGGGAAGGUUGGGAGGGGGGAGGGAUGUGAGGAGAGCUCGAGAUUCUGCACGCAACCGGUGACUUGUCAGGAGGUGAGGGAGGCAGCGGAUCUUAUCAAGGGCGACAGUAGCCGAGGAGGGGGUUGUAAGGAUCUGAAGGUGGAUCCUGGGGAGACUGAAGAGCCUGAGGAUCCUUCCAAACUUAAUAUUGCUCAAAGAGUUGCUCUGUUCAAUCGUAAAAUUGCUACUGAGAGUGCGGAGAAGGCGGGGAUAUACAUUGAGAGAGGACAGAGGAGGGCAUUCAGCCGGUUUAGAACACAGCCUGUUACAUCGGAGGAGGUCGAGGACGCCGCUAGGCAUGUACCAAAUGCACUAGUCACGAGUGGCGAUGGAAGACAGACGACUGGGAGACAGCAAAAUGUUAAAAACCACGAUACACCAAAAAGUAUCCUAAAAUCAUCAAGUUCCUAUACUGUAUCGAACCUAAGUCAUCGUUCAUCAUCAAAGAAAUUGGACUUAUGCAAGGAUUUAUCCCAGGAGUUGGCAGAUAUAUAUGUUCAUGUGUCAACAUCAACGGAAACAUACAGUGACACCAUGAAGAGAUAUAUUGGAUGUACAGUGCCUUCUUACGACUACACUGAUGAUAAAAUUAUCGAUAAAAAUUGUGGUUUCAAUGAAAAUACAAUUGACAGUGGUAUUUGUGAUAAUUCAUCACGUGGUAAAAUUGUCAGUGAUUCAUUGGAUAGCAGAAGUUACAAGGGAAUUUCUACUACACAGAGUUUGGAUUUUUCGGGUAUUAGUAUUGCUGAUCGUUUAGCAGCAUUGAAACGUAGUGGAUCAACUGAUUGGAAACGUCGAGUUAUUUCAGAAUCACUACCACCUUCGUUAGUCGUAGAGAGACCAAUGGAUAAUGAUAAGGCCGGCGUAAAGAGUGAUAUUUGUUAUAAAGAAAAAGAUGAGUGUGUUAUGAGUCAAAAAAAAUUGGCGGAUCGUCUCGAAAAAUUGGAAUCAGCUGCUGAAGGAUGGCGAAAACGAGUUGCCACAGCCGAUGCUGUAAAAUUCUCGGUAGCUGGGAAAAUGAAAUUUGAUCAAAUCGACACAAUCAGUCAGAAUUCAAAGCCAGUGUUCGAAUCAAUGGGGAACUGCAGCAGUGGCGAGAGGAAGAAGAAGACACCGCACAAGAGGGAUGACACCAGGAGGGGGCUUCCGGAGAGUGCUGGGAGUGGAGGCAGCAACGAUUUUGGUGACAGAAAAAUAUCGAGAGUACUCACGUACGAUAAUGGAGAAACUCUCGAGACAUCAAUUCAACACAUUCCAAACCCAGCGGACGAAACCUUCACGUCCUUCUUCGACGGCAUGUCUUUCGAGAAAUCCCAGGAGGAAACCAUCGCGAUUACCGAAUCGGACUUUGACUUCAUAACUCCAUCCACUGAAAAACUGUGCUCACGACGAACAAUUCAGGUGCAACGUCGCAAGGUGUCGACUCACCACAAUCCCCUGAAGACUUUAGCCGCCCGAACAGACCUGAAGACCGAAUACACAGAGAUAAAAACUGGAGUAGCUGAUCGCCUGAUGAAACUGAAAAAUCUUGAAAAAAUUGGAAAGAAUUCUUCGCUGGCAGUGGAAGCCCUGGCAGGUCUAGCUUCUACUGAGAGUUUCACGUCAAUUUCCUUGAAAGCUACUGAAGAUUCUUCCAACGGCUUCACCAAGUUCCACCCCAAGGACUCUCAUCUGUUUCUGAUUCUUAUCAAGGGCAGAAGACAUGUCCAAGUCAGACUGGUGGAGCCGUCCAUAUCUAGCCUCAAUUCAGGGGACAAUUUCAUACUAGUCAGUAAAACUGAGAUCUACCACUACAUAGGAAAAUACAGCAAUGUGAUAGAAAAAUCUAGAGCAACUGAAAUAGCUCUGAGCAUCCAACAGCAUAAGGACCUCGGCUGCAAGGCCCCAAGGAUCAUAACCCUGGACGAGCAGAAGAGCCCGAUAAAUUCGUCAGACAAGGCCUUCACUUCCUCAGACCUCCACAAGUUCUUCAAUCUUCUCGGUCAUUCCUCAUCAUCUCCACCAGAUGUUACAGAUGCUGGACAUCCUGACGAGGACGAGCAAUACGAAUCAGCGCUGAUUGACACAAACGUAGUGUACGAAGUAUUGAAGAAUGAGCUUAUCCCUCUGGAGAAAUACUGGGGUGCAAUUCCCAAGAUAAAGAUGCUGGACCCGAGUAAAAUUCUUAUAUUCGAUUUUGGAUCUGAAUUAUACAUAUGGAAUGGCAAGUGUGCACCCGUAGAGUCUCGAAGAUCCUCCCUAAAACUAGCUGAAUCCCUCUGGAACGAGGGCUACGACUACACCGAUUGCAUUAUAUCGCCAAUCGAUGCGGCUCAAAUAAUUGGCAGGAGAUCAGAGACUGAUGAGAGCUCGAGAAAAGCCAGCAGAAGACCGGGAUGGUGCCUAUCGGCGAAGCUCACCCAGCACAUGGAGACAAUUCUCUUCAGGGAGAAAUUCCUAGACUGGCCGAACACUUAUGGAAUCAUAAAAUGUAGAAAGCCUCCAGAGGAGAAGGACAAGGUGGAUGGAAAAAUUGUGAUAGACCCUCCAGAUCGAUCUGUCAUGAUGAACACCGAGAUUCCCCCAGUGGACCUCGUCCUUGAGGGCUGUCACCUGGGCAGAGGGACCGGCUGGUUCGACGAGGAAUUCGGUCGUCAGUACCUGGUGACCACCACUGACGUCACAGUCUGGCAUAUCAACGAACACUCGUACUCCCAGAUGGACGAUACAUCUGCUGGACAAUUUUACAGCGGUGAAUCCUAUAUCAUCCGUUGGAUGUACCUCAUCACAGUGACAGGGAGGGAGCUCUCAGGAUUACCUUCCAAGCACGCAGUCGAGGGGAGGGACAGGUGUGCGUAUUUCAUCUGGCAGGGAAAGAAUGCUUCCCUGAACAAACAGGGAACAGCUGCCCUGUUAACAGUUGAACUUGAUAAGGAACAGGGGCCACAGAUCAGGAUUGUCGAGGGCUUUGAGCCUCCAGCGUUUCUCAAUCUGUUCAAGGGCGCCAUGGUGAUACAUUCGGGGAAGAGGGCUGAACAGAAAGAGGGAGAGGGAAUCAGGGCGUUCUUUUGCAGAGGUAGCCGAGAGCAAGAGACAUCACUCUUGGAGGUGCCGUUCUCCUCAAGUCAGUUACGUACGAGGGGAUGUCUUCUGUUUGUUGAUGGACAGAAGGGGGUUGUAUACGUUUGGUAUGGGAGGAACUGUCUGUCCAGGGGUAAGGAGAAUGCAUUCCAUGCGGCUGAGGCUGUGAGGGAGAACAAACCUCUGGAGAUGGGACUUCCGGGGAAGGAGGUGAGGAUUGUGGAGAUCGAGGAGGGAGAAGAACCGGAGGAUCUUUUUGGUGGAGGAAUGCAUAGAAAAUUGUAUGGGACCAUCAAUAGGAAGGUGUCCAGGCACACCCCCAGGAUGUUUCAUUUUUCGAGUGUCUCGGGGGAGUUCAGAGUUGUGGAGAUUCUGUGUCCGCAUCGGGAUAAGGAGAACACGGCGUUUCCAUUUUUACAGGAAGAGCUUUAUCAGGCUAGUCAGCCGGCCUUGUUUCUUCUGGAUAAUGGGGAGGAAUUGUGGCUGUGGCAGGGUUGGUGGCCCAAUACUGGGGAGGAAGAUCAGACGGGCAGUGGUGCUGUCAGGUGGCAGGCGGAGAGACGAGCUGCCAUGACUGCUGCAGUUAAUUAUUGGAAAGAGGGCAGAGAUGGAAUGAGCAGCGCUAUUUAUCUGGUCUGGGCUGGCCUGGAACCACUUGAAUUUAUCAAUCUUUUUCCUACUUGGGGUAAUCGGGAUGAAAUCGCUGAGUUGAAUAUGAAGGAUGGCCGAACCCCCGGGGAAAUGCUUUCACUGGAGAACGAACUGACUCGUCUAACUCAAAGUACUUAUCCACCAGCUCAAUUAUUACAACGACCGUUGCCGGAGGGUGUCGAUCCAACAAGUUUAGAGGUCUAUCUAUCUCCGGUCCAUUUUCAGGAAUUAUUGGGAAUGAACUUGGACGACUUUCAAAACCUCCCGUCGUGGAAGCAGAUAGAAAUCAAAAAGAAAAUAGGACUUUUCUGACGUCAAUUCGUCAACACGUGUAAAUUAUUCUCCAAGUAUUUAACAUAACAACAGCAUGUCUGAAGAAUGGAAAUUUCUUAAAUAAUUUACGACUUGCCUAAUUGUCACCCAGUGAUCAAAGUGAUGUUGCAAAAGGCUACUAAAGUAUUAAUUCGAAUCUACAGUAUAGUUUAUAUAUUUUGAUUACAGUGAAAGGAGACAUGAUGGAAAUGAAGAAAUGAAAGAAACGUAAAUUGGCUUGUGAAUAUCUUACUUAUAUUUGUACGGGUUUUAUAUUUAUCAAUACAUGUGUGUUUUAAAAUUGUUUAACUCGACAA